AUGACUUGGACGCCGUCGUCCCCGAGUAGUAUCACCAGCGACUACGUUCAACUAGCCCCUACACCGAAGACUGCGUCCAGGGUGCCGGAUCCCCAUGCUCCGAUUCGACCACGUUGGGUGCUCUACGCCAACGUGUUGGUGGCACUACUGCAGCCUCUGCAGUACGGAUGGUCGACCUCGCAAUUGAACCUCACGACGUUCAACGCCGAAGACGAAUGCAACGCAAGACCUGUCGCCCCCGCUACAUGCCUCAUGUUCCCAGGACACACGAAGGCACAGUGGACCAUCGCCGUCAGUGCCUGGAUCCUCGGUGGAAUGACCGGCGCUCUCGCUUGCGGGCGGAUUUCCAACAGAUUUGGCCGCAGGUGCAUCAUGAUGUCCAACUGCGUCUUCAUGAUUGCAGGGGCAGUGGUGCAAGCGAGUGCCUCGAGUGUGUGGAUGUUCAUUGGUGGGCGUGUCGUCUCGGGCAUCGCUUCAGGUGGAGCCACGGCCGUCAUCCCCGGAUUCAUCAGCGAGAUUUCGCCUCCCAACCUCCGCAACAGUCUCGGCGUGGGCUUUCAGAUCGCUAUCACCAUCGGCAACCUGCUUGUAGCCAUCGCCUUCUUCUUCGCCGACACGAGCAGUGGCUGGCGUUAUAUCGCGGGGUUCCCCGUUGUGCUGGCGAUGUUGUUCUUGACAUUGGCGCCUUUCGUGAUCGUCGAAAGCCCCGCGUGGCUGCUGACGACAGGCAAGACUCAACUUGCGGAACGUGAGCUUGGACGACUCUAUGGCGAAGAUAAUUCGUGCAAUUUGGUCGAGCUGUUCUCACCGAGGCUCAUUCGACAACUACUGACUGCUAUAGGCAUGGCAGGGGCUCAACAACUCACAGGGAUCAACGCCGUCUUCUUCUACUCGUCCACGCUCUUUGAGCAGGCUGGCAUCUCGGACGACCGUAUUGGUAUCGUGGCUGUCAACUUCGUCAAUGUGUUGCCGACCAUGUUCUGCGGGGUUCUAGCGGCGCGCCUCGGUAAUCGCAAGCUCAUUCUCUGUGGAUUGACGGGGAUGUUCAUCAGCGCAGUGGGCAUCACGAUAUCGCUCGUCGCUAGCCUACCAGCCCUCGCCAUCGUGUUCACAGCGACGUACGUGACUUCAUUCGGCUCAAGUCUCGGUUCGCUUGCGUGGGUGGUCAUGGCCGACUUGUUCCCGGAUGACGCUCGAGCUAUGGGGACUUCGGUCUGCGUGGGGUGUAGCUGGCUGUCUAACCUCACGGUGGGGCUCAGCUACCCGUACAUCGCUGCGGUUUUAGUCAACUUCAGCUUCACGCCGUUCAUGUGUACCGUUGCACUCUCCUUCCUCUUUGUGCACAUGUUCGUGCCGGACACGUCCGGGAAGACGAUACAGGAGAUUCAGAACGAGUUCAACGCAAAAACCAGGGAUUAA